GCUCCCCCUCAACCACACAGACACUCCUCCUGUGAGCAUUUGUGAGGCAGCUCCUGUCCCUUAUGUCUCUUUGUGGGGAACAGAAUAGACUUCCCAGAGCAUCAUUGGAGACAAGACAGAGCUCUAGGGAGGACACCUCUGGUGCAGACCUCCAUGCAUCCCUGGCCUCAACUACUGUGGAUGCCCAGAUGAGCACAAGGAGAGGAGAAGCAGAUCUACUCAAGCUGGAGUAAAACAUCCAGAGGUCCAAAACAGGAGGUGGAACUUAACAGCUGGACAACCCAAGAGGUCAAUUUUAAGUUGAAGGCGACAUGAUCAGCAGAUCAAAAUCAACAGCGCUGGACUGGAUCGCUAAGAAAAAGGUGGAGUCUUAAUUUGAGUUUUCAGAUUCUCUUUAGAAAAGUUUUGUUAAAGAAGAAUCAACAAAGUACUCCAUAUCUUUUGCAGCUAUUAAGGAUAAAAGCACCAUAUGAAAUACAUACAAACGAAGGAAAGAGGAUAAUUUAGCUUAGUUUUUUUAUUAUUUUUAUCCAUCUCCAGAGUACUUUCCAAACAGUCAUUUGUAGUAUGAAAUUGAGAUGCUCUUUAAAGAACGUCUUGAAUGGUCCCGACAGUGCUUUUAAUUCACCAGCCAGGCGUUUAUCUUAUUUCUCCAGCUCUUUCUGGGAGGGAGCAUUAAAGACUUCAUUGAUAGUGCUCUUGGGGAGCGGGUGAUAUUUCUUAUAUGAAGUCUUGAAACUUUACAGCUGUUGACUGGAGGGAGAGAAAAGUGCCACAUACAUAAGAAAAUUAUGUUGAGCUGUUUUUCAUGUGGAAAAAGUGUGUGUUUGGACUAAUACUGCGGUGGAGCAUUGAGGACAGAAGAAAUGUUCACAGGGUGUGGAGUGGUCAGUGGCCAGAACCAGUACCUUACCAGAGACACUGUCAGGCCCAACCCAGGACUAGAGGUGAACAUACCGAUCCAAAUGGAGAAUGGGGUAACCCCAGGGACCUGCUCUGUCUACCAGGAUCAAACUUACGGGAAUGCUGGCCAGCCAGCAGUGGUGAACAAUGUUUCCAGCCCGCUGAAGCCAACACCACUACCAGUCCCUCCCCCUGCACUCAAACUAGGGCAGGAAGGGUUCAAGAAAGUCUGCCGAACUGAGGAGGACAGCCCCUGUCCCUUUCCAGGACUGGCCUCUGGGGUGCUGGAGAUGCGCGUGAAGGAGGGAAGUAAGAUUCGCAACUUAAUGGGAUUUGCCAUGGCACGGAUGCAGGGAGAGAAGGGUGUAAGUGGGGGAGGUGUGAGUGGUGGUGGGCUCAGGCAAGUGGUCUUCACUGGGUCAGGCCGUGCGGUCACAAAGACCAUCACCUGUGCUGAGAUCAUGAAACGAAAAGUGGGCUCUCUUCACCAGCUGACCAAACUGCAGUACAAAGUGGUGAAAGAGGUGUGGGAGAGUACUGAAGGGGGGACAUCUGAGAUGACGGUGCACAGGACUGUGCCCUCCAUCAGCAUUCUUCUUUCCAAAGACCCAUUGGAUCCCCAGGAACCAGGCUAUCAGCCUCCUGAGACUCUCAGUGCAUUGUGGGAGGAGAGAGAGGGUGUUGAAUCUGCCCCGCAGACAGCAUGCAAGAGACCUCUUGGACAUUUGCCAUACAGCAGUUUUUCGCACUGUAAGAGAGUGUGUUUGGGGGAAGGAGUCUCAGUCCACCCUCCUCACCGACUGGCUGAACCGGUGUCAAACAGUGGAGAGGAUUGAAUCAGAGGAGUUCAUUUGGCGCUGCCCUCCACUCAAGCACAAUGCUGAGACAAUCAGAACACUCACUCAGAUAGAACAGUGCUUUCUCAGAAGAACUAAGUACCAAUUCCAGCCUCCAGAGGUCAGUUUGACCGGGACCUAAAAGCUUGCCUCUGUACAUACAGCAUUUAAGGGAUGUAUUUCUCAGCACGUCCAACAUGGUCUCUCACAUCCACAAAACUGUGAUGAUGUGUGCUACCAUACUAUAAAAUCUUUAACAGAUUCACAUCCCAUUUCACACUGACAAAAGAAAAAGCCAUGAAUUUCACAGGUUCCAGAGUCCUGCUUGUAGUAAACUAUCUACAGCCUGUGGACAAAAUCAUUUAUUAGCAUCAUGUUUCAAUCAUCUCUAUUCCUCCAUGCUCUUAAGUGUGUCUUUAAAAACACACAAAGUAGACCCAAGAACAUAAAAUAAAAAAAGCUUAAAGCCAUUGAUGGUAUGACAAAUGCAAAACACCAAUUUUAUUUGUCUGAUUAUUAACUCUCAUGAAAACAAAAUUUAAUAAAUGUUUUUUUUUUCCAAUGGAAAUUCUGUUUUGUAUUUCAUCUUUCUUACUCACACAUAUUUGAAUUUGCAAAGCUCUGAUUGAACAGAAAAUCACAGCGUGCUGAUCUUUUGAUAAGAAUAACGGAAGUGAAAUUUGUCUGUAGAAAAAGCUGAUUUAAUGACAAAGCUGUUGAUAAGGCACAGCUCCUAAACCAACCCAGCCUGACAGAUAUGCCUAGGGCAGAAAUACAGGCACAGAUUAUCAUUAAGAUAGCAACAUAACAUCACACAACACAGUGGAAAAAAGGAUUAAAACUCGCAACACGCUAUACUCCUUCCCCUUUCAGCCAAUAGGCCUACCCACCCACCAUAUCUAUUGUAUAGCACAGUCUACCUCUUCUACUAUAUUCUACCAUGUUUCAAGCUAAAUAAAAUGCUGAACAAUCUGGUCUAAAAAGAGCCAAGUUUUCACAGUAACACCAUGCACUUGUAGUUGACUGACAUAAUAAAUGAAAUGGCUGCAGACUCUC